UUUCCUGUUUCAUUGAAUCUGCAAUGGUGGUUUCUGGGUUUUGCUACUUCUGUUAAUGGUGUGAUGUUGCUUCUUUGGUGUUCUCUGAGGGUGUAGAGAGAGAUUUGAGGGAGGUUAUGGUGUUUGACAGAGAGUUGGGGUUUUGCUAGAUGGUCAAAUCUGGGUUGAGUGUGCGUUUGUUCUUUUUUUGGUAUUUUUCUGGGUAAUUGUCCUUGAUGUUUUUGCACUAAACGAAUAUAGGUAAAGGCUAGAUCUUGUGUAAACUGACCGGUUUGGGUUUUAGGGUUUGGGAUGGCUAGCGUCGUAGAGAUUUCGAGCAGUGAGGAUUCCGGGUCUGACGUGUCAUUCAGCGCGGCGGAUAGGAAUUUUAUUGACUCGUUGCGUUCGUCUGCCCGUGCAGGAACCUCACUGCCAGAACCGCUAGACAUCGAGCCGCUACAAACCAUACCCUGGGAAAUAGUAAUGGGUCGUGCUUCGGGCCCCCAGAGUUCUAGGGCCAGGGAGGCCGCCGCUGCUCAGAAUAGGCGUGAGGAGCGGUUGGCAAGUAACAGCGCUGCCAGUGGCUCCGCUGACGGGGGAGAUGCGACAGGGGAGGAUACCGAAUCGGCAUGGGUUCUUUCGGAUGGGAUUCCUGUUGACGAGGCGGGAGGGCGGAUGACCGUUGCCAAUGUCAACCGGAUAAAGUGGAUGUUUCGGUUGCCCGGCGCGGUUAAACUGCGUCCACCGACGGUGGAUGAAAAGGCUUCAAUUCUUCGCCCGGGGUUUGCCGCUGUGCAUGAGGCAAUAUUCCGCCAGGGAGUGACACUACCGCUUGUGCCCAGUCUUCAGAUCUUGGUGUACGAGUUCGGCCUAGCCUUUGGGCAAAUCUGCCCCAACAUGUGGCGAUUGAUGUUGGCGAUGACUUCGCUGUGGCGGUUGUCCGGCUGUGAGGGACCAACCGUGGCGGAGGUACUGCAUUUCUAUGAGCUGACGUAUGUGAAGCGUCAGGGCUGCGGAGGUCAAGUGAACCUAAGUCGCCGCCAGGGAGCCCCCAAGUUGAUAGAGAACCUGAGGGAUUCUAUGUCGUAUUGGCGGGACACCUUUUGCGUUGCCACGACGGGGUGGGAAUAUCAGGCGGAAUCCAAUGACGGGGAACCGGCGUUUAGGAUUAAGUCAGAGUUCCAACCUAUCCGAGUGGGCCUGCGCUACAACCUGACUCGUGAAGAAGAGUGUCGUGUGGCGCGCAUCCAAGGUUGCUGGCGGAAUCGCAAUUUGUUGGACUUUCGCCUACUUACCGGUUGGGAGCUGUUGGUCGAUCAACGAUUGACUCGCGCCGUUGAGACGCCGCCAGGUAACGCUAGGAGCCGUGACGCCUUUGCCAAAGCCAUGGACCGCGCGGAGAUUGACAACUUUUUGGAGGCCAUGUAUGCCUCAGGGGAUGCGGCUCAAAGGACAGUGAUAGAUCCGGUGACGCUGGCGGUGAGCCCAUCCGAGGAUCCGGUGGUGCUGCCAAUGCCGCUGCACUCCCACCUUGGCGCCGACGGCCUACCCGUUGUUCAAACGGGUGCCAAUGUGGGGGUGGAAAGAAGGGGUCUGGCGCCGCGCCGCAGACAGAGAGAGUGCCCAACGUGCGACGAUGACUCCGACGAGGAGGAUGAUGAUGAUGCUGAGGUUAUCGGGGUCCGCCAGCAAAGGAAGGCCCGCCAAGCUCCGCCGAAGGCGCCAGUGGCCGCUGCAGAAGAGGCGCCUGUGAGUGACCUGGACUCGUUUGCCGCCUAUGCUGAGUUCAUGACUGACAAUGAACGGGGAUUUCUCUACCACCUCUGCGAGAUACUGGGGUUUGGUGGUCUGGCGGGGAUUUCCCGCCCAACGGCGAUUGACGGGUCACCCUUCAGUUCAGCUUUUGGUCACCUUUCGGUUGGGCUGCAUGAGAUGUUCAUGGCGGCGCAGAAGCAGCCCGGGGUUGAGCGCCAGCUCAGGGACGAGAUCAGCGGUCUCGAGAGGGAGCUGGGGGUCGCCAAGGACAGGCUGGCGGAUGUGGAGCGGCGCCUGAUGAAGGCGGAUUGCGACGCCGCGGAUGCUCGCGGCAAGUUGGAAGUGGCAAUCCAGCGGGACGUGGAACGGAACAACCACAUCUCCAGGAUGGAACAAGACAUGUCUCUGCUGCAGGAGCGGGUGGCCGCUAAGGAGAAAAAGAUUGAUAUCCUUCAGCGGGAGUCUGCCGCCAAGUAA